CAAAGUGUUGAGUGAGAGACGAUUCCAAACCCUUUUGGUUCCAAAAUUAAAUCAUGGCUUCUUCCGGCGACUCCAGCCAAAAUGACGGCUUUACAAGUAGCAGCAGUAGUAGUAGUAAUUUGAUAAAUCAUCCAUCUUUGAAGAAACAGAAGUUGAGCGUGACCAAAACCCUAGAUCGAAUUAGUCAGUUGCCGGACUCAGUGCUAGUUCAAAUACUCUCUCUUUUGCCUACGGCAAAGGAUGCAUUCAAAACCUGUAUUCUCUCUAAAAGGUGGCGCUACCUCUGGGCUUCAGUUGAUAACCUCAAUUUCACUCGUACAAGUUACCGGAAAACAAACUACUUCGUAUCCUUUGUUGACUAUGUGUUAGCUCAUUUUGUUUCUUCCAAAAUAAAAAGAUUAAAGCUCGACUGCAUUCGCCUGUCUCCAUACAAGUCGCAUAUGAGCCGAUGGCUUAGUUUUGCUGUUGAAAAUAAAGUGGAAGAUUUUGUAUACUGGUCAAGUUCUAAUAGGAACGGUUGCACAUUGCCUGAAUCUUUCUACACCUGUUCCUCUUGGUAACAUUACAUUUGAAAUUUUAUUGCUUUGAUUCUGGAGCGGCCAUUCAGUGGAAGUCUCUAAAGAGCAUAAAGUUGGAGUAUUUGGUGUUAU